GGGAAGGGGCGGAGGGAGGAAACUGGAGCAGGAAGAGCGGCGGUAAGGCGGCGGAGGUGGCUGAGUUGGUGGUGGCAGAAUCAAAGGCGACGGACAACUCCCGCGGGUGGCGGAGGGCUGCGACAACAGGAUGCAGGUCCGGGUCGGGCUGACUCUGCUGCUCUGUGCGGUGCUACUGGGCUCGGCCUCGCCGUCCUCGGAUGAAGAAGGCAACCAGGAUGAAUCCUUAGAUUCUAAGACUUCUUUGCCAUCAGAUGAGUCAGUAAAGGACCACACUACCACAGGCAGAGUAGUUGCUGGUCAGAUAUUUGUUGAUUCAGAAGAAUCAGAAUUGGAAUCCCCCAUUCAAGAAGAGGAAAAUAGCCUCAAGAGCCAGGAAGGGAAAAGUGCCACAGAAGAAAUCAGCUUUCUAGAAUCUCCAAAUCCAGAAAAGGACUAUGAAGCACCAAAGAAAGUACGGAAACCAGCCUUGACUGCCAUUGAAGGCACAGCACACGGGGAACCCUGCCACUUCCCUUUUCUUUUCCUGGAUAUGGAAUAUGUUGCGUGUACAUCCGAUGGGCGGGAAGAUGGCAGACUGUGGUGUGCUACAACCUAUGACUACGGAACUGAUGAGAAGUGGGGCUUCUGUGAAACUGAGGAAGAGGCUGCUAGGAGACGGCAAAUGGAGGAAGCAGAAAUGCUGUAUCAGACUGGGAUGAAAAUCCUCAAUGGAAGCAACAAAAAAAGCCAAAAAAGAGAAGCAUAUCGGUAUCUUCAAAAGGCAGCAAGCAUGAACCAUACCAAGGCUCUGGAGAGAGUGUCCUAUGCCCUUUUGUUUGGGGAUUACAUGACACAGAAUAUCCAGGCAGCUAAAGAGAUGUUUGAGAAGCUGACUGAGGACGGCUCCCCCAAAGGGCAGACUGGUCUUGGCUUUCUGUAUGCCUCUGGACUUGGUGUUAAUUCGAGUCAGGCAAAGGCUCUUGUGUAUUAUACUUUUGGAGCUCUUGGAGGUAACCUAAUAGCCCACAUGGUUUUGGGCUACCGGUACUGGGCUGGCAUUGGAGUCCUCCAGAGCUGUGAAUCUGCACUGACCCAUUAUCGUCUUGUUGCCAAUCAUGUUGCUAGUGAUAUCUCGCUAACAGGUGGCUCAGUGGUGCAGAGAAUACGACUGCCUGAUGAAGUAGAAAACCCGGGAAUGAACAGCGGGAUGCUAGAAGAAGAUCUGAUUCAGUAUUACCAGUUCCUAGCUGAAAAGGGCGAUGUACAAGCGCAAGUUGGUCUUGGACAGCUGCAUCUACACGGAGGGCGAGGAGUAGAACAGAAUCACCAGAGAGCAUUUGACUACUUCAAUUUAGCAGCUAAUGCUGGCAAUUCACAUGCGAUGGCUUUCUUAGGAAAGAUGUAUUCAGAAGGAAGUGAUAUUGUACCUCAGAGUAAUGAGACAGCUCUACACUACUUUAAAAAAGCUGCUGACAUGGGCAACCCGGUUGGACAGAGUGGGCUUGGAAUGGCCUACCUCUACGGGAGAGGAGUUCAAGUUAAUUAUGAUCUGGCACUGAAGUAUUUCCAGAAAGCUGCUGAACAAGGCUGGGUAGAUGGACAACUACAGCUUGGUUCUAUGUACUAUAAUGGUAUUGGAGUCAAGAGAGAUUACAAACAGGCCUUGAAGUAUUUUAAUUUAGCUUCUCAAGGAGGCCAUAUCUUGGCUUUCUAUAACCUGGCACAGAUGCAUGCCAGCGGCACAGGUGUGAUGCGGUCCUGCCACACUGCAGUGGAGUUGUUUAAGAAUGUGUGUGAACGAGGCCGCUGGUCAGAGAGGCUGAUGACUGCCUAUAACAGCUAUAAAGACGGUGGCUACAAUGCUGCAGUGAUCCAGUACCUCCUGCUGGCAGAACAAGGGUACGAAGUGGCACAGAGCAAUGCAGCCUUCAUUCUUGAUCAGAAAGAAGCUACCAUUGUUGAUGAGAAUGAAACUUAUCCCAGAGCUUUACUACAUUGGAACAGGGCCGCCUCUCAAGGCUAUACUGUGGCUAGAAUUAAGCUUGGAGACUACCAUUUCUAUGGAUUUGGCACUGAUGUAGAUUACGAGACUGCAUUCAUUCAUUAUCGUCUUGCUUCUGAGCAACAGCACAGUGCACAAGCAAUGUUUAACCUCGGAUACAUGCAUGAGAAGGGCCUGGGCAUUAAACAGGAUAUUCAUCUUGCAAAACGCUUUUAUGACAUGGCAGCGGAAGCCAGCCCCGAUGCACAAGUCCCAGUCUUCCUAGCACUCUGCAAAUUGGGCGUUGUGUACUUCUUGCAGUACAUCAGAGAAACAAAUAUCCGAGAUAUGUUCACUCAGCUUGACAUGGACCAGCUUCUGGGGCCCGAGUGGGACCUUUACCUCAUGACCAUCAUCGCUCUUCUCUUGGGGACGGUCAUAGCCUACAGACAGAGGCAGCACCAGGACCUGCCUGUGCCCAGGCCUCCAGGGCCACGGCCAGCCCCGCCCCAGCAGGAGGGGCCACCCGAGCAGCAGCCACCCCAGUAAUGGCCACCAGGCCCGGCCCGGAACCUCUUUGCUUCGAAUUGCAUUUGACUUAAGACUCUGGAUUGGUGGCCACGUCCUGAAGAGGCACAAGGAAGUGUCGAAUUCUUAAAGCUGCUUAGAAUCUGAUGCCUUCAUUUUCAGGGAUAAGUAACUCUUACCUAAGCUAAGCUGAAUGUUUCAGUGCCAUAUGACAUAACAACUCUCAGUGGCUUUCCUUUCUUUUUUUUUGGUCUGAAAACAGGUGAGACACUCAAAGUAAUGUCUGCUGUACCAGCUGUCUUUCUCUUGGGUCCUUUUGCUCAUUCUCUCAGUGUGCUGAAGUUCUCACACCAAACAUCUUUAAGGUCUGUGCAUCAACACUAAGAACUGAUGUAAAAAGGAAAACCCAGUUAGUUGCAAGUUAACUGUAAACAUGUUUAAAAGUCUGAAAGUAAAAAACAAAGAUAUCUUCAGAGUGUUUUGGAACUGCUAUAACUGAGCAACUUUUACCAGUCCACUUGCAAGUAUUCAUAUGCAGCAUAUUUUUUUCCUUUUAAAAGAGAAAGUUGGGAAGUUUCUUAUUAUUGGCAAUUGUCACACUUCAUGCCAUACCUCUCUCCUUCAGAAUCUGAAAGGCUUUGUUGAAAGAGUUCUGUGGGAACUUCACUUCCUUGUAACGGAAUACGUGUAGGAUUCUGUGAACAGACUUUGUUAAUGUGAGUCUGCCUCACCUACUCAGUGUAAUUUGCUGGUUUAUUUUUAAUAUACAGAACCUUGAUCUAGAAGCCAGAGGCUGGACUAAGUGGGAGAAGUUAAAAGCAAUACUAAAAAAACUUCAGAUGAGGUAGCAGCACCAUAGACACGCUUUCCCAAAAGUUGAAGCAUUUGCUCCCAGGUUUUAUUUUACUUUGCAUUUCUUACUGCACAAAGAACCGAUCACCUUCCUGAACUCUUCAGAUGUGAAAUACCAUUUUUAGUAUAUGGCACACAGUAACUACCAUUAUGAUACUAGAAGUCAGAGCCCUGAAGACGAAUUAAACUCAGUGACGGAGAGCAAGGCCUGUUUGUAACUGUUCGGUGUGUUCAGGUAGCUUUUCCUGUCUGACAGUUGCAUGUUACAGGAGAAAGCCAGCCACUUGCUUCUUGAUCACACUCACGUGUGCCCGGUGUUGGUGGCAUCAGGAAGUUCAGGGCCGCUACACCAUAGAAUUGCCUGGUUAGACAGAAAACAACAGCCACAAAGAAAAUUGGCAGCUUUGCAAAGUCACUCAAAUGAAAGUACCGGAACGUAAGCUGAAUUUGGAUUCCUUUGUAUCAUCAAAUGGUGGGAGCUGAUCUGAGAUUCACCAGUGAACAAGCAAUCUGUGGAUGUUUUCUCUAACCCUCGUCUGCCAGAAAACUUGAAGAAUUGUCAUGCUAUGGAUUUUGAAGUCGGGUUGUUUUUAGAACUAGAUUUAAUUAAUCAACAGUGAACAUGAAGGCUUUAAAUGUGAACUUGUGUGCGUUUUUGUGUGUUUAUUAUGGGAAACCCGGCAAGCAAACUUUCCUCCCAGAUACUUGCUUCUGUUUGAAGAGGUGGCCACACAGAGGACCAUACAUAUAAAAGUGUAUCUGUGAGAGAGCGGAAAUCUGUCCUUAAAGGUGUGAUGUUGCCUUGGGCAGCCCUUGUAAAUACGAAGACUUGUUUGGUCUCCGACAUUUAGAGAUUGGACUGCAGGUGGCACAGUGUGUGGGCAUCUUCACAGAUGCCUUUGCUCCACCCCUUCAGAGCCAGUAUCCAGGAGAACAGCCACGCUUCAUUUAGAAAGCACUUUUAAUUGAUUCAGCUCAGUGACACACCUGCAGUCCUGGCCACUUGGAAGGAUGAGGCAAGAGGAUCACUUGAGCCCACAAGUUUCAGACCAGUUUGAGGCCACACACCAAGACCCUGCCUCAAGAAACCUGAAAAUGCUUCUAAGAGAUGGCUGCAGAGUUCCAUUUCCCCCCCGCCAGCCACAUCCUUUCUCCUCAAACAGCAUUUUCAGAUUGAUCUUUACUUCCCUCCACUGGUACUCGGAGAAAACACUUCUUAAAUCAGUGUGCACUACCUAAGGCUGGAUGGGCAGGUGUGGUCUUGUUCUUCAUGUACUAACAGGCUUCUUGUUCAUCUACCCCUGCCAUGUCCUUUUUCAUUAUCAUUAUUAUUAUUAUUAAUACUGCAAGUAUCCUUCCCUUGGCUUGUUUCUACCUCCUGUUUUUCCCUGGGCCUUUUGCUUCCAAAAAUUUAGAUAGUAUGUUUAACUCAGCCCUUACGGCUCAUUUUAAAUACUGUCUCAAAAUACUUGGUUCCCUUUAUCUUUUGGUUCGUGAGACAUGGUACCAAAGCAAAUAGGAAUUGGGUUUGGUUUUUGUCCUAAAAAUAAUGCAUAAUACUUACCUAAUCAAAUGGCAUCCAUUUGAAUAAAAUGACAGUAACUACAGCUAGUUAAUGUCAGUGACAUUAAACUAACUCCAGGAGUCAGGAGUUCUAGCAUUAGGGUUUAGAGUUGCCAGUAGAGGAUGGCGUCAUCUCUCAUGCAGCCCUUCCCUCCUGACGCUUCUGCAGCCUUCUCAGCCUUCAGAGGUGCGAGACGCUUCAGUUUCUGUCUCUGUGCUUUGCUCCCUUGCUCAGCCAGUAGUUUCAGAACCUUGAAGCCAUCUAUUUUGUUUCUAUCUUAUUUUACCAAGGUGGCAGUGGUAGGUUUUUUGGUUGUGUUUUUCUUUUUGUGCUUGAAGUUUUUGUUUCUAUUUUCAAGGUUAGGCUUGUCUUAUUUUUGGAGGUAAAUCACAGGUGGUUUUUAUCCACAGUUGACUAUUUGGCAUUUAAAUUAGAUUAUGAACUAUUAAAAUGUUGACAUUCUGGAGGACACAUUGCUCUUCUGCAUAUAAGGGUAAUUCCUGAGAGUGUUAGCACCAAACUGUUUGUCUCUGUGCCAUUGGAAAAGCUUAGAAACUUCUGCCAGCAAUCUGGUGAUGAUCUGAUGAUGGAUUAAAUUAAAAAGCCUCCAGGAAAUGCACACACACAUACACAGCUUUUUGUGCUUUAUUUUUCCUUCUCUUCUCUGCUCCUCAUGUCUGUUCUUUCUUUUUUUCUUUUGGUACCGGGGAUUGAACUCGGGUCCUUGCGCUUGUGACUCAUGUUUGUUCUUCAAACCAAUGUUCUGGAAGUAUGCAUGCAGGCUUCUAAAUGAAAACCACAAUUCUUCAUGUGUGUAGCAUGUGUACUAAUGUCUAUUUUGAGGCAGGGUCUCAAUAGGUUGCCCAGGCUGGGCUCAAACUUGCAAUCCUCCUGCCUCAGCCUCUCAGAGAGCUAGGAUUACAGGCGUGUGCCACCAUGCCUUGCACUAAUGUCUAACUAUAUCUGCAAAAACUUCCUUGACAGAGGUUUGGACUAACAUUUCACAUGUGCAUUUCAAAACAAGAUGCUUCUUUACCUGGCAAAAAGAACAGGGCUACAUUUGUUCCAGUAUUUGUUUUUAAAGUGAACCUAAUAUAUAUUACACAAUAUUGUGACUAGAAAUAUGCAAGAAAUAAUUAGAACAAAAGAAAACCACUUUUUAUGCACAUGUUCUCAUCAGUCAUCGCUCAAAUAGGAGUGAAAAUAUUAAAUGUCUGAGUGGUAUAUUGUCUGAGGCACUACCUGGCUUUUAAAUGUGUUGUCGUUGAAAAACUAUAUUUCUCCAGCUGAAAUUUGAAGAAAAUUUAAAAUGACCCCAAGUACAAUGAUUUGUAUCUAAAUUGACCUGUUACAGAAGUAGAGAUCCAAUUUUUGUACACAUGGGAAGGGCCCCUGUCUAUGCUCAGGGCACCCUUUCAUGUGUCGCAUUUUUACUGUUUCGAUUGACACUCCGGCUAACACUACUUCUCUUUCAUUGAGAAAAACAAAGUUGUUAUGAGCAAAGUAACCACUAUACAUAUGUAGGAGAGGAAGUUUCAAAGACCAUCAGCUGGCAUUGUGAAAGAACACCGUGGUAGAUUCUUUUUGUAAAUUGAUUUUGUAUUUAAUGAAAUGCAGUAUACAGACUGGCGAAGUGUAAUAUAAUUGUGUAAACAAACAAACCCUGUUAAUAGAGAGAUGUACAGAUUCGUUUUGUACCGUAUCUUGAACCUUGUGAAAUAAAGAUUCCGCCUCUGGGUA